ACAGAGAAAAUCGAAUUUGGAUGAGCAAAGCAGAUUUCAAAAAUAUAGCAAGUACACAAAAAGUUUCGAUCUUCGAUUUCAAAUAUACAUAACGAAAAGAAAGAAUCUCGAAAAUUAUCUGUCAAAAAAUAAGCCUACCCAACAAGACUACAGUGGGAAAAGGGAAAAUCUUGGAGAGAGAGAGAAGGGAUGAAGGGAGGGAAAAAGAAAUUCUUGGGCGCGGAAUCUUCUCAGCCUUCCGAAAUCGUCGCCUCCAUCGCCGGGGACGGCGACGCGGGUAGCUCUGAGCAGCCUACGGGCAUUUCAACGGGAGCUCAACCGCAGGCCGAACCCCAGCAGCAGCAGGACGAGCGGGUCGGAGCUGAUGCUGAAGGCGGCGCGGCGGCGGAGGACGACGACGACGGGGAGCAGCUGGAUGAAGAGGCGGAGGACGAAGCGGAGAAGGACGACGAGCAGUACGACGACGACCUCCAGAUCGAGGAGGCGGAGGGCGAGGCGGAGGCGGGAGAAAAUGGAAGACCUAAGCUUGCAGAAGGGUAUUACGAGAUUGAGACCGUGAGGAAGAAGAGAGUUCGAAAGGGCCAAGUGCAGUACUUGAUCAAAUGGCGAGGUUGGCCCGAGACUGCAAACACGUGGGAGCCCGUGGAAAAUCUGUUAUCAUGCUCUGAUGUUAUAGAUGUGUUUGAAGAGAGUUUGCGGUCUGGCAAAAGAUCCACACGAAGGCGUAAGCGGAAGCAUAGUGUUGUUCACACUCAAACGAAGAAAAAACAACAUCAGCAUCAGCAGCAGCAGCAGCAACAGCGUUCCCCUGCAGCUGCCACGUAUAGUGUGCCAGCUGUCAAGGUCAGGAUAAUGGACGAACCUUUGCCCUUUCCGUGUGAUAACCCGAGUGUGAAUCACUUGAACAAUAAUGUUGUCCAGGUGGUGCAUGAGAAUGGUGUGAAAGCGGAUUCCUCUCGUAAUGACUUGGAUCUAAAACUUAGUGAGCUUCGGGGAAUGCCUAUGACUAACGGGGCCAAUGUGAAUAAAUCUCAGGAGGCUCGUAUUCCAGGCGAGGGCCUUUCGAAUGGGUUUGUAAAACCAGACGGGACACAAUCAGUUCAAUCUGGUCGCUUUACUGGAGCUAAAAGGAGGAAGUCGGGGUCGGUUAAGCGAUUUAAGCAAGACUCGUCCACCAAUGUAUUGAACGAUAUGCCAGAUGCGACAAUCAAAGCUAUCGGUGACAGUGCGAUUGCAGUUGCUGCGCCUGAAGGAAUUCAGAACCUUCCAUUUCCGGGCAACGAUUGGGGCCACAAGAACAAGUCUGCGAAUUUUGAAGAUGCGUAUAACAUUUCUCAGAUUGUUAAGCCGGUUGGCUAUCAAACUUCUGUGUCCAAUGGAGUCCAAGAAGUUUCCAUAACCUUUUUGGCUAAGAGGUCCGAUGGGAAAGAGGUGACGGUGGAUAACAAAUUUCUGAAGGCAAAUAAUCCACUUCUGUUGAUAAACUUCUAUGAGCAACAUCUACGGUACAAUCCGUCUGUGUGAGUGAGGAUGCUGAGAAAGGGGAAAAACGCGGCAAUAUGGUUUCCACAUCUGUGAAUGUAUAGUGUUGUAAUUUUUUGUAGCAGGAGGCCUUAGCUUUAGCGAUACUUAUGAUGGUAGUAAAUAGUUUAAGCUGAACCGCAUGGCAGGAAGUCUAGCGUUAAGUUACAGUGAUUGUCGGAGCUACAUGAUAUCCGAGGAAUGAAAAUUUUCACGACAUUGUUGGGCUGCUGCAGUUUCAGCAGCUCUUAUUCGAUCGUUUUCCAUGCACA